AGGGGUCACCGGUUGGCGAAAGAUCGGCUGCUGCUGGCGGAGAUACCGGGUCCUGGACCUAUGACGCCGGCGCAGCGCUGUCCUCUGUGCCGCCAGACCUUCUUCUGUGGUCGCGGACACGUCUACAGCCGCAAGCACCAGCGGCAGCUGAAGGCAGCUUUGGAGCGGCUCCUGCCCCAGGUGGAGGCCGCCCGCAAGGCCAUCCGCGCCGCCCAGGUGGAGCGCUACGUGCCCGAGCACGAGCGAUGCUGCUGGUGCCUGUGCUGCGGCUGCGAGGUGCGGAAACAUCUGAGCCACGGAACCCUGACGGUGCUGCACGGAGGACUGCUGGAGCAUCUGGCCAGCCCAGAGCACAAGAAAGCAACUAACAAAUUCUGGUGGGAGAACAAGGCUGAGGUCCAGAUGAAAGAGAAGUUUCUGAUCUCCCCCCAGGAGUAUGCACGAUUCAAGAAAUCCAUGGUGAAAGGUUUGGAUUCCUAUGAAGAAAAAGAGGACGAGGUGAUCAAAGAGAUGGCAGCUCAGAUCCGUGAGGUGGAGCAGAGCCGGCAGGAAGUGGUUCGGUCUGUCUUAGAGCCUCAGGCAGUGCCAGACCCAGAAGAGGGCUCUUCAGCACCUGGAAGCUGGAAAGGGACAAACAGCCAUGUAGCGUCCAGUUCACAGCAGCCCUCAUACUUGGAUCUGCCACCAGCUCCAGAGCUUGACUGGAUGGAGACAGGACAACCUCUGACAUUCAUUGGCCAUCAGGAUAUACCAGGACUUGGUAACAUCCACUCAGGUGCCACACCUCCCUGGAUGGUCCAAGAUGAGGAAUACAUCUCUGAGAACCAACAAAUAGGACCUUCCUAUGAAGAAUUUCUUAAAGAAAAAGAGAAACAGAAAUUGAAGAAACUGCCCCCUGACCGAGUUGGAGCCAACUUUGACCACAGCUCCAGCACCAGUGCAGGCUGGUUACCCUCUUUUGGCCGAGUAUGGAAUAAUGGACGCCGCUGGCAGUCCAGGCAUCAAUUCAAAACCGAAGCAGCAGCAAGGAACAAACAGCAGUCACACAAAGAAAAAAGCUAAUUGUUGCCCUGUUCCCCAUAAGUCUCCAAGCAAAGUCAACACAUCCAUACCCACUAUUAUUCCUUCCACCAAAUCCUUUGUAAUUGCCUUUCUUAGGAAACAGACAUACCCAUUCAUUUGAUUUAAUAAAGUUUUAUUUUUCCAAAU